AUGGAUCUGGCGCACCACUUAUCAGGAUACAACUGCGACAUGCGUAUGGCCAGUUCCACUAGUGCUGGAAGUGCUGGAUUGGCUCUAGGGCACUACCUUCCGAAGCAGAUAACAAUACGUAUUUCUGAUUAUUCUGAUUCUUCUUCUUUUUAUUCUUCUUCUUAUGCUUAUUCUUCUUCUUAUUCUUGUUCUUCUUUUUCCUAUUCGUCUUCUUCUUAUGAUUCUUGCUCUUCUUCUUCUUCUUCUUCUGCUUCUUAUUGUUGUUCUUCUACUUAUGAUUCUUUUUCUUAUUCUUCUGUUUAUUCUUGUUCUUCUUCUCCUGAUUCUUCUUCGUCUUUUUUUUCUUCACCUCCUUCCUCUUUUUCUUCUUAUUCUUCUGAUUCUUCUUCGUCGUCUUUUUCUUCUUCUUCUUCUUCUUCUUCUUCUUCUUCUUCUUCUUCUUCUUCUUCUUCUUCUGCUCCUUCUUUUCCUUCGUCUUUUUAUUCUUCUUCUUCUUUUGUUUCUUCUUGUUUUUUUGCUUCUUCAUCUUCUUAUUCUUCUUAUCAUUUGUUCUCUUCUUCUUCUGAUUCUUAUUAUUCUUAUUAUUUUGAUUCUUCUUCUUCUGGUUAUUCUUGUUCUUAUUCUUCUGAUUCUUCUGUUUCUUCAUCUUUUUUUUCUUCAUCUUCUUCUUCUUCCUUUUGCAAACCGCACCGCAACACACACGUGGCCGGCACUGGGGGUGAUGGAUGGGACGGGCAGGAACUGACCACCGGCAUUCGUCUUGUCGGCGGCGCAAUCGCUCGCUCCGGAAUUAUCGGAAGCUAA